GCCUUGGAAACCAAUGUGUAUACCCGGAAGUAGAUCGCGCUGCAUGCACAUACCGUAUAUAUGCCGGCUUUUAUACGGUAUUGGUACAUCGGGGGUAGUUGAUUUGAGGUUUACAAAUAUCUGACAUAGGCUAUAUCUUUAUAGGAUAAUAUUAAAGGAAAAUGGAUUCGGAACUUUCACCAAGGAAGACACUGAAAGAGUACCCUGGUUUGAUGGAAGAUGGACAUCCACUCGCUGCAAAGUCAGCGUUUUGUUUCGUUCCAACAAAAAGAAAUGACCCUGCCGAGAUGAACGCUUUCAACAGUAAAGUGCCGCCCAAGGGUCAUUCCACAUAUGAUCGACUUUUCAAUUGGUCAGAAGGGUAUAACAACAAGCUUCAUCGAUGCGACAGGGAACAUGCCAAAUCCAAAGGACUAACGGUUAAUGAUGAGGAGAAGGAGAAAGUCACACCCACUUUAUCAUCAUCAAACUACGGUCAUAAGCUGGACCAGUUUGCGGAUCCUCCCGGACGUGCUCAUGUCCGCGUCGGCCAUGUUAAAUCCGAAUUCUACAGGCGGACGGGGAUCAACAUUUCCAAAAGUGAAAAUUGAUGGAUGUGCUGCCAGGAUUCUCUUCGCCAUCAGAUGCAGUCUCCUUGAAUGAAUCUGUUAUACUUGAGAUCAAAGGGAAUUGAAUCUUGAACCUUGUGAAAUGACAAUACAUCACUAUUAUACAUGCUGUGCAUGUACUACAUCACAGGAUUAUGGAUAUAUUGAAUUUCAUCAGGUGAACAAGAGCUUCGUUGAAAAGGAGUCCUUUUUGUUUGUCACUUGUCAGGCUGAAUCAUCAAUGAAUUACCCUUUUUAUAGGCUUGAUCAUGUUCUGGGAGGUUCAGUCCUCAAUCUAGGCCCAAAUAGGCUCAUUUGAUCCUAGAGAGACCUGUUCAUCAACUGUUUAUUCAUCAUUUUCUGACUUUUCUCCACUUUUCCCAUCCCGAAGUCAGCGGAACAAUAAACGGUACAUAGACUCAAGUUCUUGGUCUAAUGGAGAUGGUGAAAAUAGGAGUUGAAGUACUUUCCUUUGAAAAACACUUACUGAUCUUUUACUGUAUCUCAAGCUCAAUGUAUUGGAGAAAGUAGAUGAUGUACCUCCCAAUACUGGAGGUGAAUAUCCACCCCCCCUCCCCCCUCCCCGGAAGAAAGAAGUAAUAACAAUGCUGUACAUAAGUAGUUACUUCUUUCGGGGGGGGGGGGGGGGGGGGGCAAAUUACAAUUCAGUGUUUCACAAAGACUUAAUUGUGACAUAUGUCAUCCUUAAAUUCCUAGUUGUAUUAUACAAGACAUUAUCACACAUGGCAUGUAUCAGCUUAUGCUCGUAAACGAGGAAUUGCUAUGUUAUCAUCAUUGACAUUAUGUUUUCAAUGUUUUUUGUGUAUUGGCACUGUCAUAUUUCACACUAAAAAACUUUGUGAAAUGUCCCUCAGAUUUUAGAUUUACAAUACGCAGAAAAACUUUGGUAAGGAAAGGUAUUCUAUCAUUCUUUGUUCAGUCUAGAAAGGGAUAGUAGAAAUGUCAAGUUUUUCAGUUUAUUGAAUACUCGUAUCAUUCUAUUUUGAGCUGGGUGUAAAGCGAGUCUUUCAAACUUCUUUUCAUGUUAUUUAGGAAUUGUAAUAAGAAGGUUCGUGAUUGCCACUCUACAGCAAUAAGCAUUAUAAGCUACAUUACUGAAUAAUGGAGAUACCGGCAGUAACUUAAUUCUACAUUUCAAUCUCAUGAUUGGAAAGAGUGUGAUAUUCCAAUUUUCCAUUUGAUAUGAUUCACAUCUUUAACCAUUUAACCAUUAAUAAGGGAAAUGGGUCUGCAGAAAUUGGGAAAAUUUGUGCAAUUCUUCAGUAAAUAUUUCCACCCCCCCCCCUAAAAAAGAAAGAAAUAAAGCAAAAUAAAGCAUUAUGGAAUAAUUUGACAUAAUGUGAAUGUGAUGCGAUUACUUUUUUUCUUAAUCAUCUCAUAUUAUCAUGCCAUGAAAUUAAAAAAGGUUUCCCACACUUUUCAUUAGUCAUUUUAGAACUUUCAAUACCGUAAGAAUAUACACAUGAUCAAGGAAAAAUCAAAAUGUAGUUGCAUGCAUGGAAAAUUAAAAAAAAAAUCAUUUUGCUACAUGAAUAAGAUGAUUGUCAAAGUGUUUUCCCUUUUCAGGGGGUCAGGGUCAUUACUGAUCAUAGUUGAAAAUGGAAAAUAAAAAACUUUAGUUUUCAUGUAUACAUACAUGUUUUCCUUUCAUUGGAAUUGUAGCUUUUAUAAGUUUAUUACUUUAUCAUUAUCAAUAUUCAUCAAGUUCUAAUAAUACACAUAAUUCUUUAUUGGAUAAAUUUUCCCAUUUUGAAAGUAUUCAUUAUUUUCUAGUAUUUCAUCUUCGAAGUAUGUGAUGUAUUUUCUGGUCAGUGCACAGAAACAUUGUUUAUCCUUUGUACAUACUGGUAUAGUAUAUUUUUCAUGUUUGAUGCAAUGAAUUUUAUCAAUAAAAUGUAUUAAUUUUGACAAUGAAAAUACUUAUUUUAUCAGUAA